AGCUGCGCUACUGGAACUGGCUGAGGGGAGUCAGGUGUCAUAUGAUAAUUUGAUAGUUGCUGAUAAAAGACUUUAGUCUACAAUAAAUACGCCAAAGACUUGCUACCUGAGUUCACUGUGGUCUGCUGGUUGUGUUCUGUGGUCUACCCAUGCCUCCAUCUCCCCUCGAUGACAGAAUUGUGGUGGCGCUACCAAGGCCUAUUCGACCUCAGGAACUCCAGCUUCACCUGGACACCACCUACCUGGAAGCCACCGUGGGUGGCAUUGCAAGGACAACUAUCAGCAAAAGCACCACUGUGGUGAAUAUCCAGGUAACCAACCUCACGUAUAUGCCCUCAUCCAGUGGCUCCACGCGUUCCCUGACGUGUGGAUGCAGCAGUGCCAGCUGUUGCACAAUACGCACUUACGAAAAGCCAGACAGCCAGACCCUGACCCAGACGUUGACCCAGGUCAGUACAAGUAGCCCCAACUUGAAUUCUGGAGUCAGCUAUGCUGAGCACGGUGGUGUCUCUAUGCCAGUGGUGGGCUCGACCGAGACCUACAGUGCACCCAGUCUUAGUUCAGUUUCGCCAAGCAGUGACAUGCGCAUUAUCCAAGCAAAUGAGCUGGCUCAGCAGAUGACACACUGCCCCAUGGGCCAUCCAGUGGGGCCUGUGCCGGUGAUUAUUGACUGCAGGCCCUUUACUGACUACAACAAGAGCCACAUCCGAGGCGCUUUGCACAUUAACUGCGCAGACAAGAUCAGCCGCAGGCGCCUGCAGCAGGGAAAGAUUACUGUGCUGGACCUCAUCUCCUCCCGGCAGAGCAAAGACUCCUUUAGGGGGAUUUUUUCCAGAGAGAUAGUAAUUUAUGAUGAGAGCACAUGGGAUCCAGGCCAACUGUCAUCAUCUCAGCCCCUGCAUGUGGUUUUGGAGUCUUUGAGAAGAGAGGGGAGAGACCCUAUUGUACUACAUGGAGGCAUUAGCAGUUUCAGACAGGGCCAUGAUGAGCUGUGUGAGCACUCUCUCCUUCAUCAGGAAGACCAGGAUGUUGGUGCUGCUGUUGGUUUGUCUGGGGCAUUACCUCACUUGCUACCCUCUACCCCAGACAUUGAGAAUGCAGAGAUGACACCUAUACUGCCCUUUCUAUACCUGGGCAACGAACGAGAUGCACAGAACUUAGACCAAAUGCAGAGGAUGAACAUUGGCUACAUUCUUAAUGUCACCACUCAUCUCCCACUUUACCACUAUGACUUAGGGCUGUUCAGGUAUAAGCGCCUACCCGCCACUGACAGCAACAAGCAGAACCUGCGGCAGUACUUUGAAGAAGCAUUUGAGUUUAUAGAGGAGGCUCAUCAGGCUGGCAAGGGCCUGCUUAUUCACUGCCAAGCUGGUGUAUCACGCUCCGCCACAAUUGUCAUUGCAUACUUGAUGAAACACACCUGGAUGACCAUGACAGAUGCCUACAAAUUUGUCAAAAUGCGAAGGCCAGUUAUCUCACCAAACCUCAACUUCAUGGGCCAGCUUCUUGAGUUUGAGGAAGAUCUCAAUAAUGGCAUCACUCCUCGCAUACUUACACCCCGGCUUAUUGGAGUGGAGACUAUUGUGUAGUAAAGUUGCUUUAGUGUUAAAGCAUUCUUUCAGAUUAUUGGGUUUACUCAGUGAGAGGCGACUUCUUUAAAUCUGCUUGUCCUACUUGGUUAACACUGAAGUGGACUGUAGAAGUCAAAUCUUUUUUAAUGGAGGGAUGUUGUGUCAAAAGUUGGACUUGCACUUGAAAGAAAACGCAUGCGUCUUUAUUUGUCUCUUUUGGCAUGUUCUACCCUCUGUGUGACAGGAGACAAACACUGUGCUAUGCCUAUACUGUGUCCUUCAGCUGCUGGUGCUGGCUAAGCUUGGCCUUUUGCAGAAGGAUGAACACUUGUUUGGUAUGUUAAUUGUACUUGUACUAUUUUUAUACUGGGGAUAAGCCUUAAGUGGUUUUACUGUGCAAUAAUUCUGUGUGAAAUGUAGUGGGGCUUAUGUAUGUAUGUGAUGGCAAACAAUUUUGAAGCUAUGUAUUUACAAAACUAAUUAUAUUUUUAAAAUAGUAUUAUUAUUGUGUUUAGUGGAAUAUGUUUCCACUGCCCUCAGCAUAAACACAUUUUAUUUUUUUAAAGCUUUGCUAUAUAUCAUACCAAAAUAAUUUCUUUUUUUUACUGGACAAAACUUUUAAACACUGUUACAUAUGUGUAUUGUUGUGUCUUAGUCACUUGUUUUGUAACCACUAUCAGACCUGUUUUCCUUGUGCCAAGAAUUUGCCCAAAAUGUUUUUAUGCUGCAUGAAUACUCAUGGCAUACAUAAUAAUACUCAAGUACAGUGUGUUGGUAAUUGAUGGUUAAAUCUUAUAACUGCAUACCUUGAAUAUACUUCCUUAUAUACUUUUCCUUUUCCCUGUGUAUAUGCAUGCAUGUGUGCUAAUAUAUCAACACAUUUUUACAGUAUGUUGUUACAUGGAUCUAUUUUUCUGCUCUGCUGUCUUACAGUGUUACAACCUGAGCUGAAUAAAAUGCUCUGACAUGACCUCAAACUGGGCACACAGUCAAAAGGUUAAAGAAUACAGUUUAAAUGGGAUGAUAAUACAUAAGGGCAAUUGCUGGGUGCAGCUAAUCUCUUUAUGAAUAGGACAGCCAAAGCUUCUCUGAACACAAAAAGAAGCACUGCUGUCAUUUGUAUUGACAAUAGUGCCUCUUUUCCUGCCUUAGUUUAUCAUUAAUGUAUUGGCUGAAAGUUUAAGUCAGUUUUAUAUUGUUAUUUCUUUGAAAUAAAGCUUAAUCAUUUUACAAAACAAUGCUUUCAACAUACUCAAGACAACAAAGGAAAAUGGGAAACAGGGAUUUGAAUAGUGUGUUUCCAUAAUUUACACCAAUUUCUUUUCUAAGAAGUUUUUCAGAGCUUUUUGUGCAGGGAUAUUUAACCUUAGUAUUGUUUUCUGAUAUACACUCACUAGCCACCUUAUUAGAAACACCAUACUGAUGCUUUUUGCAUGGAUUUCAGUGUUGGAAACAUUUCCUUCAGAUUUUUGUUCAUGUUGCCAUCAUUUUAUCAUUGUUACAGAUUUGUCAGCUGCAUAUUCAUGCUGCAAAUCUCUCGUUCUACCACACUCCAAAGGUGCUCUGAUGACAGGGAGCCCCCUGAAGUAUACUGAACUAUACUGAACUAAUUGUCAUCUUCAUGGAACCAUUUAUGGAGUGCUUUGUAACCAUAAAGAUACAGAAACAAUAUUCAAACAAUGCUCACUUGGUAUUAGGGAGCUCAAUGUCUGCCACAAAAUCUUUCACCACUCAAUCACACCACCAGCACCAGACUAAACUGUUGACACAAGGCAGUUGAGUUUAGAGAUUCAUGCUAAUUCGGACAUGCAGUGGGUCAUAUAUAACUAUAACCUUUUUUGCCAAUUUGAGCAGGUCUAGUUAUUAUCAUGUACACUAACUGAAGCUCUUAACCCAUGUAUGUAUUGUACUAAUGCUACAUGAGUGAUGGAUCUGGUUAAUAAUCACACAAAUCAGCAGAUGUACCAUUGUUUCUAAGUGACAAGUGUAUAAGCUUAGCACAUUGUCUGUUGUUAUUAAUAUAUGUUCAGAUUUUAAAAUAAAGUACAGAAGUCUUAGAUAAAAGACUUUUGACUGUGCUUUUUACCAGAAUAAGGCCUAACUUAGGCAUGACACCAGUACCCAUUUCUUUUUAAGUCAUUUCAGUAAUCAUUAAAUAACAAUAUACUUAAAUGUCUCUGCACAAAAGCAUAAAGUAUAUGUUGAAUGUUGACUGUCCUGAUUAUUUGUAUAUGCAAAAUACAAAUAACAAAGAAGCACUGUAACAAACUAUAUAGUCAAAACUAUGUGGACAUGUAACCAUAAGUUUGUUGGACUUUACUUCCCAAUACAGUAUUUAUUUACGGAAUUAGUCCUCCCUUUGUGUCUUUGACAGCCUCCACUUUUCUGGAAAGGCUUUUCACAAGAAUCUUUUACAGGAGUGACUGGAAAUUUGAACCAAUUUUGUCUAAAUAUAUUUGUAUAUUUGUUAUAAAUAUACUUAUAAUUAAUCUUAAACGUUUUAAUGGGGUUAAGUUGGAUGGACUGUGCAGUGCUUUACAGUUAUGUUACACUAAACCUGUCCAACCAUGUCUUUAUGGAUUUUGCUUCAUGCACAGGCAUCACAACUUUUUUAUGGAAUAAAUUUUUUACACUUUUAGCAGUGGUUCUGGCUGAAACACCUGACCCCCAUAAUUAGGAAGGUGUCCACAUAAUUGAAGCCAUAUAGUAUAUUUUUUAUAUUUCCCUUAACUGAUCUACAAGCAACUUGACUAUUGAAAAGAGUGUUUAAAUGGAACUUAUUAAUGACGGUAAUAAUAGCUACAUAUGCAAAGCACAUUUCUCAUGUUCUGAUAUAAUACACAGCUGAUUGUUGGUAAAAAACAACUAAGCAACAUACACAAUGUGGUGUUUAUUCCACAUAUGCAUAAUGUGUGAUUUGAUUUCUUUUGGUUGGCUGUUAACAUGUUUUAUCAUUUGUUUUAUAAACUCUUGUUAUAUUGAUUUAUUAUUUUAUGGUCAUAUUAAUUAUCACACAUUACUGUUGUGUGCCUCAAGUUGGGUGUACCAGCUAUCAGGCUCUUUCUGUCUAUGCAUUUGUUGCCAUUCACACAUAAUUUGCACUGACAAACAAAAAAGAAAAGAAAGAAAAACACAGGUGUGGUUCUUUUUCCCCACCACGGUGCUAUUAUAACGGAGGCAUUUGUCUCCUCGCAUGAUAUGCUCUGGUACAAUAUUUCCAUUUCCCAAUUUUCUACCUUAAUAUCAAAGGUUAAAACUUGGAUUUUUUUAUUGUGGAGUUUGUAAAUAAAAAGUACAAAAUUGUUUAA